GCGCAUGCACCAUUGACACGUGACUGCCGGACAGCUAGCCAUUUCUAUAAAUUUCGGCAUUGAUCCCACAUGGAUCAAAAUCAGUUGUCGCUGCUGAAACAGUUUGUGGACCUCUGCAAAAAAGAUCCGGAGAUACUGCAUUUGAAAGAGCUGAACUUUUUUACGGAAUGGCUUGAGAGUCUAGGAGCGAAGAUUCCAGAACCUCCUACAGCGAAGCCGACUACAGCAACAUCACAGCCAGCGCCGCAGUCAUCGAGCGCUGAUCUUGGUGAUGACCAGUCGUCGGAUGAAGAGGGAGAGACCGAACAGAUGGAGGAUAAUGCUAAGGAAGGUCAAGAUGAAGAAAAGGAGUCGGAAGAAAGUGAACUUGAAUUUGACACCGAGGGUGUUGUUGAGUCAGAUCAUGAUGAACCUCAGCCAAUGGGAGAUCCCAAUGUUGAGGUUAGUGAAGAGGCAUCGGAAGAGGCUCAGGAAUUGAGAAAUCAGGCUAUGGCAGCAGCUGCAGAAGGACAGCUAGAGACAGCCAUUGACUUGUACACUCAAGCUAUUCUAAAGAAUCCUACCAAAGCAUUGCUCUAUUCAAAACGUGCCAGUAUGUACAUUCGUGUCAAGAAACCCAAUGCUGCCAUCAGAGACUGCGAUAAGGCCGUUUCAAUAAAUCCAGACUCAGCUCAAGGCUACAAGUUUCGGGGCAUGGCACACAGACUACUUGGUCACUGGACUGAUGCUGCUAAGGAUUUACGUAUGGCAUGCAAACUUGACUAUGAUGAUGAUGCUAACAUGACCUUGAAAGAGGUAGAACCAAAGGCAAAAAGGAUUGAAGAACAUAAUCGCAAAUACGAGCGAAAAAGAGAAGAAAAGAAAAUCAAGGAGCAACGGGAAAGAGUGCGCAAAGCAAAGGAGGAGCAAGAACGUGCCAGAGUUGAAGCUCAGAAGCGGGCAGAAAAAAUGGCUGGUGAACAUCCACAUCCAUUUGGAUUUUCUGCUGGAGGAGGUGGAUUUCCAGCUGGAGGUGGAUUUCCUGCUGGAGGAGCAGGUGGAUUUUUUGCUGGAGCAGGUGGAUUUCAGGGAGGUGUACCUCCUGGAGCUGGAAGAAUGCCUCCGGGGUCUGGAGGAAUGCCUCCGGGGCCUGGAGGAAUGCCUGACCUUAGUGGUCUUAUGUCAGAUCCCGAAAUUAUGGCUGCUUUUCAAGGGUGGUUCACAAUUUUGUCAUUUCACUAG